AUGGGGGCGCGAUUGAUCUUCCAUUCUUCUACGAAGAAGGAAUUGGACUUUCUUCAACUAAGGCAGCAACUCAAACAACGCAUCAGAAACAAUCAUGCCAAGGAGGUGGCGGUGUCUGUUCGUGACGGCUCAACUCAUGAGAAGAACAAGAUGCCUUGUGACAACUUCGGAUCGUUCUUUGGCCCCUCGCAACAUGCCAUUGCGCAGAGAGUGAUUCAAGAAAGCAAAGCUUUAAUGCCGGAGUUAAAGGUUUUGGCAUCUAGGGUUUUCAGAAAUUCCCAAGACCAGGGUAAAAAGAGCCUCAAGAUUCCUGUCGAUUUGAAACUCAAGUGUAAAAGCAUAAAAGAGUCCCGGGAUUACUCCUUUUUGUUCUCAGACUCAGACGAUGCCGAAAUUCCGAAAUCUUCAAAAGGAGAACCUGCACUUGGUAAAGAUUCUGCCCCAAAGCCAAAUGAAGAAAGAGAUCAGGGUUUCAGCGGGAUACGAAGAGGUUCUGGGAGAGAUUUGAAGACUGCAAGAAACCAAAAUCCGGAAGAGAAAGAGAGGCCAAAGAAGCCUUCUUGUGUGAUGAAGGAGAAGGAGAGACAUCGUAAGCGCUUUAGGGCGGAGGAGGAUGAGGAUGAGGAUAGUGUGAUGGUGUCCACCUUUGAUGACAUUCUAAGAGAAGAGAGGCAAAGUGAAAGAAUUGGCAGGAAGGAGGAUGAAAAAGAGCGGCUAUUGAUUCAGCAAGAAGAGAAGCAAGCUAGGUUGAGAAAAGCGAAGAAGCUGAGAGCAUCCAAAAACUGA